GUUUGUACAUCGAUAUUGUCAACAAAGCACUUCACGGCUUUAGCAGAAAUGUCUGGUUUUGUCUUGCUAUUAAAGAUAGCGUUUGUUGCCUACGUAGUUAAAAUUGGUGAAAAUAUGGCAGUAGGUAGAGUCAUCACUGUUUUUGAAGUCAAAUGUAGAAACAAUCCAGGAUUUAUCUAUCAAAAAGUUGGUGAAACAUAUAUGUGUCUCUACUGGAGCACGACUGGGAAUAACUUUAGCAAUGCACAAUUGGACUGUGAAGGAAAAGGUGCCAGAUUGGCUGUUGUAAAUACGCCGGAAAAGAGAAAUUUAUUAGCUGGGAAAUCAGAUACCUGGAUCGGCUUGGAUGAUAGACAAAUCGAAGGGAGAUAUAUGUGGCAUGAUGGGACAGAACUAACUGACAGCCAGAGAACGGACUUUUUUUGUUACGGGCAGCCAGACAAUUGGAAUGACGCCGAAGACUGUUUACAUGCAUCCAUAUAUUGUUCAGCUCCACAUAAUAUUAACGACGGUAAUUGCGAAACAAUUAAUAAAUACCUUUGUGAAAAAGUGAAAUAGAUACAAAAUCAACAUGGCCACUUAUCAGUCACUCCAACCAAGAACAAAAUUGUUGAGUAAUAUGCUAAUAAAGAAUUAAUCUCUAAAAAUGUGUUUAUUGUAUAAUAUUUAUAUCGAUAUUUUCUAUUGUAAAACUACUACUACUACUACUACUACUACUAAUAAUAAUAAUAAUCUUUAUUGUCCUUAAGGAAAUUGUAUAUACUUAUUAUACCCAAUUAAUCUCAUCUGUUUAAAUUAUAAGCUAGAUUUUACAUG